AUGGCAAAGAAGCCAAGCAUGGGGCGCCAAAAGAUUAAAAUUGCAAAGAUAGAGAUCAAAAAUCACUUACAAGUCACCUUCUCGAAACGCCGGUCAGGGCUUUUCAAGAAGGCAAGUGAGCUUUGUACCCUUUGUGGUGUUGAGAUUGCAAUAAUAGUCUUCUCCCCAGCCGGAAAAGUCUUCUCUUUCGGCCACCCUGGUGUCGAUUCUAUCGUCGAUAGGUUCAUGAUCACACGGAAUCCUCCUCUCACACCCUCCCAGACCCUCCAUCUUGUUGAGGCUCAUCGGAAUGCUAGUGUCCGGGAACUAAACUUGCAACUCACACAAGUUCUUAAUGAACUUGAAGCUGAGAAAACCCGAGGCGACGUACUUGACAAUAUGAGAAAAGCUAGCAGGAGCCAACACUGGUGGGAAGCCCCCAUAGAUGAGCUUGGUUUGAAUGAGGUUGAACAACUGAGAGACUCCAUGGAGGAGCUGAAGAAGAUUGUAACCAGUCAAACUCGUAAGCUUAUGGCUGAGGCAGCUCAUACACCACCAUUUUUUGAUCAAUUCGAGUGCAAACCAGGUCAGGUCCAUGUUCCUUCGACAGCUUCUGAGGAUCAUAGUUUUGGAUAUGGCCAUGGAUUUUUCUGA